UCUGCACCCCCCACCAUCACCAGGGCCGGCGGCGGCGGCUGCCCCGAGGGACGCGGCCCUAGGCGGUGGCGAUGGGGGCCGCCCGGAUCGCACCCGGCCUGGCGCUCCUGCUCUGCUGCCCGGUGCUCAGCUCCGCAUACGCGCUGGUGGAUGCAGAUGAUGUCAUGACCAAAGAGGAACAGAUCCUCCUGCUGCACCGUGCCCAGGCCCAGUGUGAGAAGCGGCUCAAGGAAGUCCUGUGGAGGCCAGCUGACAUAAUGGAAUCGGACAAGGGAUGGACAUCUGCAUCCACAUCAGGGAAGCCCAGGAAAGAGAAGGCAUCUGGGAAGCUCUACCCUGAGGACAAGGAGGCGCCCACUGGCAGCAGGCACCAAGGGCGCCCCUGCCUGCCUGAGUGGGACCACAUCCUAUGCUGGCCGCUGGGGGCACCAGGUGAGGUGGUAGCUGUGCCCUGUCCCGACUACAUUUAUGACUUCAAUCACAAAGGCCAUGCCUAUCGACGCUGUGACCGAAAUGGCAGCUGGGAACUGGUGCCGGGGCACAACCGGACGUGGGCCAACUACAGCGAGUGUGUCAAAUUCCUGACCAAUGAGACACGUGAACGGGAGGUGUUUGACCGCCUGGGCAUGAUCUACACCGUGGGCUACUCCGUGUCGCUGGCCUCCCUCACCGUGGCUGUGCUCAUCCUGGCCUACUUCAGGCGGCUGCACUGCACACGCAACUACAUCCACAUGCACCUGUUCCUGUCCUUCAUGCUGCGCGCUGUGAGCAUCUUCGUCAAGGACGCGGUGCUUUACUCCGGCGCCACGCUCGACGAGGCCGAGCGCCUCACGGAGGAAGAGCUGCGCGCCAUCGCCCAGGCGCCGCCGCCGCCCGCCGCCACCGCCGCCGGCUACGCGGGCUGCCGGGUAGCAGUGACCUUCUUCCUUUACUUCCUGGCCACCAACUACUACUGGAUACUGGUGGAGGGGCUGUACCUGCACAGCCUCAUCUUCAUGGCCUUCUUCUCAGAGAAGAAGUACCUGUGGGGCUUCACGGUCUUCGGCUGGGGUUUGCCCGCUGUCUUCGUGGCCAUAUGGGUCGGUGUCAGGACUACUCUGGCCAACACCGGGUGCUGGGACUUGAGCUCUGGGAACAAGAAGUGGAUCAUCCAGGUGCCCAUCCUGGCCUCCAUUGUGCUCAACUUCAUCCUCUUCAGCAACAUCGUCCGAGUGCUGGCCACCAAGCUGCGGGAGACCAACGCGGGCCGGUGCGACACGCGGCAGCAGUACCGGAAGCUGCUGAAAUCCACGCUGGUGCUCAUGCCGCUUUUUGGCGUCCACUACAUCGUCUUCAUGGCCACGCCGUACACCGAGGUCUCAGGGACACUCUGGCAAGUCCAGAUGCACUAUGAGAUGCUCUUCAACUCCUUCCAGGGCUUUUUUGUCGCCAUCAUAUACUGUUUUUGCAAUGGCGAGGUACAGGCCGAGAUUAAGAAAUCUUGGAGUCGCUGGACACUGGCACUGGACUUCAAGCGCAAGGCACGCAGCGGGAGCAGCAGCUACAGCUACGGCCCAAUGGUGUCUCACACAAGUGUGACCAAUGUAGGCCCCCGUGCAGGACUUGGCCUGUCCCUCAGCCCCCGCCUGCUGCCUGCUGCCACCACCAAUGGCCACGCCCAGCUGCCUGGCCAUUCCAAGCCGGGGGCCCCAGCCCUGGAGACCCUCGAGACCACGCCACCUGCCAUGGCUGCUCCCAAGGAUGAUGGGUUCCUCAACGGCUCCUGCUCAGGCCUGGAUGAGGAGGCCUCUGGGCCUGAGCGGCCACCUGCCCUGCUACAGGAAGAGUGGGAGACAGUCAUGUGACCAGGCACUGGGGGUUGGACCUGUGACAUGAGUGGAUGGACAGAUGAACCAAGUGACGGGUGGUUGGAUGGUUGCCCACUCAGGGCUGGGGCUGGGAGGAAGAACAGGGAAAAAAAGAAAAGAGAAAAAAAAAAAGAAAAAGGAAGAGGAA